CAACUCUGAUCAGAAAGAUGCAUUCUAUUUUCCUUUCUUUUAUUAGUUCCUGCUUCUUGUAGUGAAAUUGAUGAGACUUGAGAGAGACGGUUGAGGCAAACUCACCCAUCACCUUCUCUUUGCCAUCAGAUUAUUAACACCUUCCUUGAGAAACAAACAAGCUCCAUCCUCGCAGACAAUACCUGAUGGCUUCAUUUAAACACCACCCUCUGGAGCUAAAGGUUUCUGUACUCAAUGUCAUGCUCAUCUUUUACCUCACGUUUUCCCCUUCCAAAUCAGUUGGGUCAGUAUCUGUAGCAGGUAAUAAUGAUAACAGUAGUUGGAACCAAGAGAAAUUGGUUCUGGGUUCGAGGCCUCCCAAGUGUUUUAACAAGUGCCUCAGCUGCAGACCUUGCAUGGCUGCUUUAGUUGCUUCUCAUAAUCAUAGAAAUAUUCGAAGCUAUUCGUAUCAAGGUGAUGAAAGCUAUUAUCUACUGGCCUGGAAAUGCAAAUGUGGAAAUAAAUUCUUUCAACCUUGAGCAUAUAUAUAUAGC